UCAUGUGCCAUACAUACUUGGUUACGGAUGCGUAUUUACGCACAGCGACACGAUGAGGUUCUGGUCGUCUCGGUGCGCUCUCCUGACCUUAGUCUGCCUCGUUCUGCUUUUAAACAAUUCCGGCAGAGCUUCGACCUUCGAGGUUACUCUACUUCACACCAACGACAACCAUGCCCGCAUCGAGGAGACCAGUGAGGACUCUGGAAAGUGUCCAGCCGGGGGUCCGUGCUUCGCUGGAGUCGCCAGGAGAUUUACCAAAGUGUCGGAGAUCCGCAAAAAGGAGAAGAAUGUUCUGUUUCUGGAUGCUGGAGACCAGUUUCAAGGGAGUGUGUGGUUUAAUUACUAUAAAGGGGCUGAAGCAGCACAUUUUAUGAACAAACUUGGCUAUGAUGUUAUGGCUUUAGGAAACCACGAGUUCGACAACGGAGUGGAGGGUCUGAUCCAGCCUUUCCUCCAGACUGUAAACUGCUCUGUGGUCAGUGCCAACAUUAAAGCUGACCACACUCUGGCCGCAAACCUGAGUGGCUACUACCAGCCCUACUCAGUCAUCAGAGUGGGCUCAGAGAAAGUGGCUGUAGUCGGAUACACCACGGCAGAGACGCCCUUUUUGUCCAUGCCAGGCCAACACCUGAAGUUUGAGGAUGAGGUGGAGGCACUGCAGAUUCAGGUCAAUAAGCUGGAGACUCUCGGCUUUAAUAAGAUCAUCGCCCUGGGACACUCUGGUUUUGACGUGGAUAAAGACAUUGCCAAGCGAGUGAGAGGGGUUGAUGUUGUUAUUGGCGGACACACCAACACAUUCCUCUAUACUGGAAAACCUCCAUCCACCGAAGUGCCAGCAGGUCCAUAUCCUUUUAUGGUGAGGUCUAACGAUGGGAGAAGUGUGCCAGUGGUCCAGGCCUUUGCCUUUGGAAAAUAUCUGGGAUAUUUAAAAGUCACCUUUGAUGAUGCUGGGAAUGUUUUAAAAGCUGAAGGAAACCCCAUCCUGAUGGACAACAGCAUCCCUCAAGACCUGGGUGUCCUCGCUGAUGUUGAGAAAUGGAAGAAAGACUUGGCUCAGUACUCUUCACAAUAUGUUGGGCAAACCUUAGUCUACCUCAACGGGACGUUUGAAGAGUGUCGAUUUCGGGAGUGUAACCUUGGGAACCUAAUCUGCGAUGCUAUGAUUCACCACAAUAUAAAGGAUUCAAGUGAGCUGCAGUGGAAUCAUGUGGGCGUAUGUAUGCUGAAUAGUGGAGCCAUACGGACAGCGAUAGACGAACGCUACAAAAAUGGUUCCAUAACAAUGGAGGAGAUCCUCACUGUCCUACCAUUUGGAGGAACUUUUGAUUUGGUCCAAAUAAAAGGAUCAACAGUGAAAAAGGCUUUUGAACACUCCAUUCACAGAUAUGGACACAUGUCUGGAGAAUUUCUUCAAGUCUCAGGCAUUCACGUGGAGUACGAUCUCUCCAAGCCUGUGAACCAGCGUGUGGUUUCGUUGUCAAUGCUCUGCACCGAGUGCCGUGUGCCCAAAUAUGAACCGCUGGACCCUCAGAAGACGUACACUGUGGUGAUGCCCUCAUACAUGGUGGGCGGAGGUGACGGCUUCACCAUGAUCAGGGAGGAGGCACUGAAGCAUAACACAGGUGAUAUGGACAUUACAGUUUUAUCCAAAUAUAUCUCUGAUAUGAAGCGAGUUUACCCUAAAGUGGAGGGUCGCAUCACGUUCAGGAACUCAGCUGCCUUCACAGCCCACAGGCUGGGCUUGUUGCUGCUGAGUCUGUAUCUGACUCUCUGAUCGGCUUUGUACAGUCCAGGAAAUUGAGGGUUUGGGAACUCCUUCAGGACUUGGUUAACUGCCUCUCCAUCUCGCCGUCUUCGAGGAUAACUAGGAGACAACUGCAGGUUCAGCCUCGGGGUAGAUUUAAUAGCCCGACAGGAACUGAAUUUAACCCACUAACAACAUAACAGUCCCACAAAAAAUGCAUUAAGGGCAAUCUUGUUUUCUUCAAUCUUACACAAAACGUGCAAGAUGAACAACUUAAAUUUAGAAAAGCAAAGAUGUUCUGAAUAUUAACAAAUGAGGUCGACCUAGAAGUGCAUCUAAGUCAUUUAACUGGCAUUUUAAAAACUAUGAAUGUGAUUUUUCUUAAGUACCUUGUAAUAAAUGCAUUGUCAUGCUCCGCCUUGAAUUUUAGACAAUGGACUGGCCAACUUCUUAGUGGAACAAAAAACAAAGGAAGGCUUUCUGGCAGCUAUAAAUCUGACUCCAUUCACUGAACAUCAGUGGAUGGAAACAAACCAAAGUUCCAAGUACCUAUUUCCCCUGAUUCUGUCUUUAGUUGUUGUUUUAUCUAAAGCUUUCCUUCUGUCCAGUUCAGUCGACGUUACACACUCAGUGCUGCAGCUGCUCCUCAACACUUAUCUCUGUAAAGGAUUUUAUGGUCAUCAGUUACAGACACAAAUGUAUUACAAGGGUAAAAUACUGUUGAUAAGAUCUGUAAAUAAGAUUGAUUUUUGUAUAUUGUGAGGAGGUUUCCAAGCAUCUGCCAAGUAUGCAUAGUGGGCAUAAUCAUACACACUGAGUAGAUAAAUGUUUGUAUCAAUGCAUCUGCCUUUUGGUGUUUAAAAAUGACCUUUAUUAAGUCUUUCAGUAAGGUUGUUUUAAUAAAGUGAAAAUUGGGAAUAAAUGCA